AUGCACUGCAGACGCGCGCGCUCUCCUUCCUCUUUGGCUCCCCUAUUCUCUCUCAUAUUCUUUCUGCGUCUUCUCGGUCUCUCCAUCCAUCCACCUCACCGCCAUCACCACUCCGUCAUUACCGACCUCACCGCCCAUCGGCGAUGUACGGUGCCAACGUGCAUCGGAGUCCGGUGCACACGCACGGCAUCCAUCGUUACCUGCGUUGGGCGAAAGGCCCACACAAACCCACCACGAACAGAAAUGACAUCUAUUUUGGAUCCAAGGCAGCCCAUUGAGCCCCUCCAGCGGGCGAUGAUGGUGGCCAAAGACAGCACACUGGCUACAGCAAUGUUGAACGUCUUUGGCGGCUACAUCAUGGGCUUCGGUUUCUCACUCUUCGGCUCUAUGAUCUCGGCUGAGACAAGCACGCAGGCGAUGGGAACGGCAGACUUCUUCCGGCAUAGCCUGCGCAGCGCUCACCGUCUCGCCGGCAGUUUCGCCUUCUUCGGUUUCUUGUUUGGCGGCAUUGAGGUGGCGUUAGAGAAGCGCCGCGGCCGCAAGGACCAGUGGAACCCGACUAUUGCAGGCGCUAUCAUUGGUGGCGGGUAUGGGUGGCGCUCGUACAAGUACCCCGGCCUGGCUGCCGGCAUCGUGGGCGGCGCGGCCUUUUCUUUGGUGUUUGAGAAGAUGUUGGAUGCAAUGGGCAUGGCCCAGCACUAA